CUGGAGAGGAGCUGGGGGAGGACGGUGGCCCGCGAGGCUCGUGCAGACAACGCGGCGGCGAUGUCCGCGAGCCAGGCGAACGCCGCGGCGGUAGCGGCGGGGCCUCGCGCGUGGCUGGGCGGCCUGGGCUGCGGCCUCCCCGCCGGUCCCUGGGAGCGGGCGCGCGGCGGGCGCGGGAGCAGUGGCGGAGGCCCCGGCGCGUCCUUCUGCCCCGCAGCCUGAGCCCGGGCGGCUGGAGGGCUCCGCUGCCCGAGGAUGGGAAUUCUCUUCACCCGGAUCUGGAGGCUGUUCAAUCACCAGGAGCACAAAGUUAUCAUUGUUGGGCUGGAUAAUGCAGGGAAAACUACCAUCCUUUACCAGUUUUCCAUGAAUGAAGUUGUACAUACAUCCCCUACAAUAGGAAGUAAUGUGGAGGAGAUUGUGGUUAAUAAUACACGUUUCCUGAUGUGGGAUAUUGGAGGUCAAGAAUCGCUUCGAUCUUCAUGGAACACUUACUAUACUAACACUGAGUUUGUAAUAGUUGUUGUGGACAGCACAGACAGAGAAAGAAUUUCAGUAACUAGAGAAGAGCUCUACAAAAUGCUGGCCCACGAGGACCUAAGAAAAGCUGGAUUGCUGAUUUUUGCUAAUAAACAAGAUGUUAAAGAAUGCAUGACAGUAGCAGAGAUCUCCCAGUUUUUGAAGCUAACGUCUAUAAAAGACCACCAGUGGCAUAUCCAAGCAUGCUGCGCUCUUACUGGCGAGGGGUUAUGCCAAGGACUCGAGUGGAUGAUGUCACGGCUGAAGAUCAGAUGAUCUCUACUGACCUCUUCUCACAGACUCUGUAUCAACAAAGUGCUGGACUUUACCUGCAAGCUGCAAAAAAAAAAACGGUUGAGAUAUAUUUAUAAUAAACUGAUUUAAGUGUUUUUCUACAAGAAGGAAAUGAAGACCACUCAUUUGAAAGCAAAGAUGAACGUCACCGCCCAGUUUGCUCUCAUUCCUGCCGAAGUGCGUCGAAGCUGUGACUGACGUUUCUCACGAUGAAUCCUCUCCGGAUGUGGGAUGUGGUAGAGCUGUGGCGAGUACGAAGGGAGAGGAAGACAUUUGAACUGUAGAGCUUUAUUGUCCGAGUGCUUUGCCCUUCCCACCCCACCCCAAGUUGAAUGUUCCCUUCUCAUUACGUUGAAUCAAAUACAAAUCAGCACAGAUACCGUUCCCAGUUUUUAAAAAUGUAAUAUUAUGGAAAGUAUUUUGCUUAAAGUUGAAUAUGUAUUGUGUAUAUACCUCAAGUUCAGGUUAAUGGCUUUGUGUUCUAAAGAAAAGCAGAUAGUACAAUAAUAACCUUAGUUAUUACCCUAAUGUUAUUCAGUACCAACGUUAGUGUUAAGGGUCAUUUUUGUAGUUUCCCUUCUGUUCUCUGUAUUGUUCUAACAAGCCAGCCCUGACCUAGAAUUGUUGAGCUGCUCCUUAAAAACAAAACAGAAAAAAGCUUGACAUUGUAUACCAAUUUUUCUUGCUCAGUAAUUGAGAUGGACAAAUGUAACACAAGUGAGUAGAGUGUCUGCUAGACUCCUGGCCAGGAGUGACUGGGCAGAAUUACAGAGAGAGCAGUUACCAGACUUCCCCUUCUGUUGAUCCUAUGCCAACUCAGCUACUAAUCAGUCAUAAGUUGUGAUUAAAACUACCAGGUCAUUUUUAAUUGAAAAUCAUGGUGUGAAAUAUAUAUGCCCAAAGAGGAAACAUUCUAUAAAUAGUAGUAAUUAAUUUAGCUGCAGCUUUUUAGGUAUAACAUGACAAACAGCUAAAAAUGAAUUUGAGAGUAAGCAUAAGGCAUAGUUUUCAGUGAACAUUGAUAAUUUCUCAAUUUGCAGAUUUAUUUAUUUCUGUAGGUUUUCUUAACAUGUUCUUCUACUGCAUAAAAUACCUUGUUUAAUAGUUAGGAAAUCCAAAUACUCUGAAUGCUUUCGAGAAUUUGAUUGAAAAUUUGACAUGUUACAUUAUUUGUACUAGAAGUAAUUUGAUCCAAAACACCUUUUAUAUUUGCUGGGUUUUUUUUAAUUUAUCUAAAAGUUGAAGGUAUUUCUGUCAUAACUAUAAACAAAAUUACCAUGUGUUUUAACAUAUUCUUGGUGAUUCUAUAUGCCUUUUGUGCCCUGGAAAUUUGAAGGUUAGUCAAAACUGUUAAGAUUUAGGAUAUUAAAAAAAAAAUUAACUAGUUUUAAUAUCAGACUUUAAAAUUUCCUAAAGAUUUUGAUAAGAAAUAGAAGUCCACAUUACAAGCAUUAAUGGAGCUUUGAAAAAUCUUUCAUUAAAUGUGAGACACUUAACUGUCUAAACCCAUCGGGUGCAGAUGAGUGUUAACAGGGAUGCUUUGUGUUUGAGAUCUGCUGUAAGCCUCCCAGUACACUCUCAGCAUUUAAUGUUUGCCCACCUGCUCUGAGAAAAUCAGCCCUCAAUCACUGGGCUUUGUAGUGCUAAGUUCUAGUCAUACGUUCUCAUACUUCAAAUCACGAUGAAAAGUUUCCUCUGGUGUAUUAGAAAAUCCCCUUAAAGACUCACAUCUCCUCCGUAGUAUUGUUAAAGACAAACAGCCUCUAAUGGAGCCCUUCCCAUCCCUCCAGAGCCCAGACCUACAGCUGGCUAAAAAGCUAAAUUUUUAUUUUUUAAUUUGAACAAUCAUGUGCAUAGUUGCUUGGAUCACUGUUACAUCAGUUCAACACAUACCAGCACAUUCUGAUGUUGCCAGGGUAUUGGCUAAAAUUUAUUUCUUAGUUGGAUGUUUAAAGUGUUUGCUCCAUUGUUAAGGUUGGCAUAGUAUAGUCAGUUAUUGACAUGUCAUAAGAAAGCAUGAAACUUUACCACUUUUACAAAAGAUGAGGUUUUUGGUUUUUUAACCCUUUUAAGCUAAGCAUCAAAAAAUAUGAUUCUUGUGUACUUGUACAUAAAAACAAAAUUAUAACUGAGUAAAAAGAUUUAAUAUAUGAAAAUAUCAAAACUGUCAAACAGUAUUAGGCCUAACUGUGGCGGAGUACCCCUUGACGUCAUGCUGGCAGUUUACAUGUCAUGGGGCAGAACUCAGCAAGCCCUGUGGUUUCAGAUGUUAAUAUGCGACUUCUGGGUGUAAACAAACAUCUCAUUUAACCUCACUGUGCUCAGCUCUGAAAAGAACAAAGAUUUAUACCUCUGUACAUGUGAAUAGAUUUAAGUGUCCCGUUUUGAUACUAAUUUUGAAAGUUGUUUAACUUCUCUUGAUAUCUUGGUAAAAGUGGCCAUAAGAUAAAUCAUUUGGAUAUAUUUGAUUUUGUCAUAACAUUUAUAAAGUGUAUGUUUCCCAUUACAUUGAGAGUUUUAUUUUAAAAAUUCAGUUUCCCUUAUACUUCUAGCACACCUUGGCCAUCAUAGUAGACAGAAUACAGAGAAGACAAGUGGGCUGGGCAGUGGGGGUGAGUAUUCAUUGUCUUGUGACAUUUUGCCUUAAGAAUAAAAAGGUGCAUUAGCACUGCUGGUUGGCAUUUUGAAUGCAGGUGGUAAACCUAGUCUUACGUAAGCAUAGCAUGAGGUGGAAGGAAUAAGAGUUUGUUUCCUGGCCUUGAAGAAGUGCCUCGUAGGUAGUCACAGGAAGUCGCAGGUAAGUGUGGGGAGUGUGAGGACAGGCAAGAGGUCCCUAAGGUGUCUUUUCCUUUUGUCUGAGUGUAUAGUAUUAAGAAGCCGAGAAGAGAGACAGUAUUGGUCCUCUCUUACAGGCACUUUAUAUUUCUUGCUGUAACUGCAGCAAUCACAUACAGUACAGACAACCUCAAAAUCUGUUUAUAUUAGUGUAAAUAAAUAAAAAAAUCAUAGCCAGCUGUCUAGUUUUUUCUGCAGGCAUUUUUGGGAAUGCAUCUAUAGUCUGUUCUACUUUGUUAAUAGGGGAUAACAGCACAUCCUAGAUCUUAUGUGAACUUUGGAAAUCUUCUAAUUGCCCUUGGUAUCCUGGUAUCAUUCUCAUUUUCAAGGCAGGGUAGAGAGGGUUUCUUUAUACAGCAGAUUUGACUACUUCGUUGUCCAAACACAACGUGGAAUUUCUUGUUCAGGAGCACCUUUCAGAGCUCAGCUAGCCCUUACUGUCCUAGAUGUUUCCUCACCACCAAUGAAGGUUGCUCGUUUUCAUCUAACGGGAUCCUAAACUACCGGGAACCAUUGUUCCCAGACCACUGGGUUUUCAGUAACAACAUUAAUUCUGUUUGUCCACCUACCGUGACUUGACCCAAUGCUGGGGACCUUUGCAUCACCAGAGAUUCUGAGUCUUAUCAGGAGACUAGAUUCAGGUUGUGGUAUAGAGAUACCAGUAGAAGACUCAUGUUAUACUAUAUUUAGCCCCUUAAUUUUACUUAAUAUUAACUUCUUACGCUGACAGCUAGAUUCAGAAAGAGAAGAAAAAUACAUAGACUAUUUCAGGUCCUUGAGCUAUGAUUUAGGACCAAAGGCCAUUGCUAUGUUCACAUUAUCCUCAUAUAAACAAGAUUGGUGAUGUUUUGGAGAAUACCGGUUCAGUUGGCUUAAUAUGGGGAAGGUUGACAAAACAAGACUCUAUAUAGGGUUGAACGUGAAGACAGCCUAAGUUGAUUUCCCACAUUCCAUUUUUCUUCGUGUUUGCUUAAAUAGCAAAGAUCAGCAUUAAAUGUCUAAAGGAAUUUGUAACUUGAGACCUGGUAUUACAAAACAAACUUGCUGAAACAAGCGUUAAAAGACAGCAAAAUAUGCAAUACGUGGUGGUGUAAGUCUAAUUCCAGCAUUCAAAAUGUGAGACAGGAGAAUUGCUGGGAGUACAAGGUCAACCUGGGCUGAAUAGGAUCAGCCACCAAGACUACAUAGCAAAAGACUAUCACAAAAAGGAAGGAAGGAAGAAAAACAGCCAGCAGUCAACCAUCAUGUGUUUCUGUGGAAUCAGAUCUUAUAGAAAAUAAAGAUUCAGGAUGCUACUUAAAAUACAACUUCUGUGCCACGUUCCUCAGCAGGUGCAGUCAUUGAAGACCAUGAUGGUGGAGUAAAGGGAAGAGCAGAAUUUAGCACUCUGGAUGCUUAAGUGAGUGCUUGUAUUUAACCCUAAAAUUGUUUGAAAUUGGGAAGAAAUGUAACAGGAUACAAUUGGGCUAAUUAUGCAAUAUUUCAUCUUUUCAAUUCUCUGAACUCUGUACUGUUCCUAAAAUGGAAGAGUGAGUCUCUUUGGUGUUGCCUGCUCAAUGUAUGGAUCUUUGGUAGACAUUUCUCAUAGUGUAUACUUAAGAAGUGCCUGACAUUGAUUUGUGUUGAUUUCUAAGUCCAUGUAAUAAAUGAUAACGUGUUUUCUAUGGUAUCAUA